AUGCUAUCGCUUACUGCAGCGGCAGCCUCGGAGCCUCGCCACUACCUCCCGGCAGCCUCGGAGCUUCGCCACUACCUCCCGGCAGCCUCGGAGCCUCGCCACUACCUCCCGGCAGCCUGGGUGCCUCGCCACUACCACCCGGCAGCCUGGGAGCCUCGCCUCUACCUUCCGGCAGCCUGGGAGCCUCGCCACUACCUUCCGGCAGCCUCGGAGCCUCGCCACUACCUCCCGGCAGCCUCGGAGCCUCGCCACUACCUCCCGGCAGCCUGGGAGCCUCGCCUCUACCUGGGAGCCUCGCCACUACCUCCCGGCAGCCUGGAGCCUCGCCACUACCUCCCGGCAGCCUGGGAGCCUCGCCACUACCUCCCGGCAGCCUGGGAGCCUCGCCACUACCUCCCGGCAGCCUGGGAGCCUCGCCACUACCUCCCGGCAGCCUGGGAGCCUCGCCUCUACCUCCCGGCAGCCUGGGAGCCUCGCCACUACCUCCCGGCAGCCUGGGAGCCUCGCCUCUACCUCCCGGCAGCCUGGGAGCCUCGCCUCUACCUCCCGGCAGCCUGGGAGCCUCGCCUCUACCUCCCGGCAGCCUGGAGCCUCGCCACUACCUCCCGGCAGCCUGGGAGCCUCGCCACUACCUCCCGGCAGCCUGGGAGCCUCGCCACUACCUCCCGGCAGCCUGGGAGUCUCGCCAAUACCUUCCGGCAGCCUCGGAGCCUGGCCUCUACCUCCCGGCAGCCUGGGAGCCUCGCCACUACCUCCCGGCAGCCUGGGAGCCUCGCCACUACCUCCCGGCAGCCUGGGAGCCUCGCCUCUACCUCCCGGCAGCCUGGGAGCCUCGCCUCUACCUCCCGGCAGCCUCGGAGCCUCGCCACUACCUCCCGGCAGCCUGGGAGCCUCGCCUCUACCUCCCGGCAGCCUGGGAGCCUCGCCUCUACCUCCCGGCAGCCUGGAGCCUCGCCACUACCUCCCGGCAGCCUGGGAGCCUCGCCACUACCUCCCGGCAGCCUGGGAGCCUCGCCACUACCUCCCGGCAGCCUCGGAGCCUCGCCACUACCUCCCGGCAGCCUGGGAUCCUCGCCUCUACCUCCCGGCAGCCUGGGAGCCUCGCCACUACCUCCCGGCAGCCUGGGAGCCUCGCCACUACCUCCCGGCAGCCUGGAAGCCUCGCCACUACCUCCCGGCAGCCUGGGAGCCUCGCCACUACCUCCCGGGAAUCUCGGAGCCUCGCCUCUACCUCCCGGCAGCCUGGGAGCCUCGCCACUACCUCCCGGCAGCCUGGGAGCCUCGCCACUACCUCCCGGCAGCCUCGCCACUACCUCCCGGCAGCCUGGGAGCCUCGCCACUACCUCCCGGCAGCCUGGGAGCCUCGCCACUACCUCCCGGCAGCCUGGGAGCCUCGCUACUACCUCCCGGCAGCCUGGAAGCCUCGCCACUACCUCCCGGCAGCCUGGGAGCCUCGCCUCUACCUCCCGGCAGCCUGGGAGCCUCGCCACUACCUCCCGGCAGCCUGGGAGCCUCGCCACUACCUCCCGGCAGCCUGGGAGCCUCGCUACUACCUCCCGGCUGCCUGGGAGCCUCGCCUCUACCUCCCGGAAGCCUGAGAGCCUCGCCACUACCUCCCGGCAGCCUGGGAGCCUCGCCACUACCUCCCGGCAGCCUGGGAGCCUCGCCACUACCUCCCGGCAGCCUCGGAGCCUCGCCACUACCUCCUGGCAGCCUCGGAGCCUCGCCUCUACCUCCCGGCAGCCUGGGAGCCUCGCCACUACCUCCCGGCAGCCUGGGAGCCUCGCCACUACCUCCUGGCAGCCUCGGAGCCUCGCCUCUACCUCCCGGCAGCCUGGGAGCCUCGCCACUACCUCCCGGCAGCCCGGGAGCCUCGCCUCUACCUCCCGGCAGCCUGGGAGCCUCGCCACUACCUCCUGGCAGCCUCGGAGCCUCGCCUCUACCUCCCGGCAGCCUGGGAGCGUCGCCACUACCUCCCGGCAGCCUGGGAGCCUCGCCACUACCUCCCGGCAGCCUGGGAGGCCACUAGCCCUGGGAGCCUCGCCACUCCCUCCCGGCAGCCUUGGAGCCUACCUCCCGGCAGCCUGGGAGCCUCGCCUCUACCUCCCGGCAGCCUGGGAGCCUCGCCACUACCUCCCGGCAGCCUGGGAGCCUCGCCACUACCUCCCGGCAGCCUGGGAGCCUCGCCACUCCCUCCCGGCAGCCUUGGAGCCUCGCCACUACCUCCCGGCAGCCUGGGAGCCUCGCCUGUACCUCCCGGCAGCCUGGGAGCCUCGCCACUACCUCCCGGCAGCCUGGGAGCCUCGCCACUACCUCCCGGCAGCCUGGGAGCACAG